AUGGCCAAGAGCUCUCGUUCAAGUACCCGCAAAGCGAACAACAGGCGCUUGGCGGCUACUGUCUUUGGCCCUGCCGAGACUUCUCGCGCCGAGCGCCUGUCGGCCAAGCUGCUGGAAGUGGCCAACCAACCCAAGCCUGAUACGUCGGAUGCGAAUAUGGAGGAACACACCAACCUUGUCGAGACCGAAGCCGCCGAAGCUGGUGACGCCACGGUUAUGGACGUCGAUAAUAAAAGCACAGUAUCAAACCGCAUGGGUCGGAAGCGAAUCGACAAGCGAAAGCCAAAGAAGGCCUCUAUCGUGUUCCCCAAGUACAGCGACAGGGUCAAGGCCAAAAAGAACAAGAAGAAGGCUCUUUUUAGAAUUAUUGUUUCUGCAUAUGAAUUAUUCAGAAGCCUUUGUGGAGGCGCUGCUGUAGCUAGCGUCACGGUCGCCCCUUGGGAGUCGCAUCGCAAAACAACAUCUCUCCGUCUACAUCACAAAAGGCACAAGAACCGUGUUUAUCUUCUAACCGCUCGAGUCGCUCACGGGCCGCGUAGUACUGCACAUAGCAUACUGCAAUGCGUGCAUUUCCUAGUCCCUUUAUUCCCACCCACCCAACGCGCCUCACCAUCCCUCACGCUCCCUCACGUCACUCACUCCCUCACUCUCGCUAUGGCCCCUAAUAGCGCCAUUCCAGCAGGGUGGUCCUUUACGACCUUGCUGCUAGCUAUCGCCAAUCUCCUGAUCCCAGUAUCUAUUCUCAUAUUUGCUACCGGAUUCUUUCCAUAUAAGCCGUUCCUGCCAGGCUUGUCUGAAUUUGAAGUGCUCGAGUCUGGACCACCGCCUCAGGCACCAUUUGACAAGCUUGUCUUCGUGGUGAUCGAUGCACUGCGCAGCGACUUUGUGUACUCCCAAGGGUCCGGUUUUAAGUAUACGCAAAGCCUUAUUCGCGAUGGCGCAGCUAUUCCAUUCACAGCAUAUGCCCGCUCGCCAACAGUGACGAUGCCUAGAUUGAAAGCAAUCACUACUGGCUCAAUCCCGUCUUUUGUAGACCUCAUUCUCAAUAUCGAUGAAGGAGACGAGUCUUCAGCUCUCGCCGCACAAGACACUUGGUUGGCUCAGCUCAAAGCGAAGAACACUGGCAAGGUGCUCAUGUAUGGCGAUGAUACGUGGUUAAAGCUUUUCCCUGACUUUUUUGAUCGUCAUGACGGCACUUCCAGCUUCUUCGUUGCGGACUUUACAGAAGUCGACAACAAUGUGACUCGCCAUAUUAAUGGAGAGCUGCAAAAUGAUGAUUGGUCACUGAUGGUACUGCACUAUCUCGGACUCGACCACAUUGGCCAUAAAUCAGGGCCUAGGAGCUCGAACAUGGUUCCGAAGCAACAAGAGAUGGACACUAUAGUUCGUACGAUCUAUGACUCGCUGUCAUCCAACAAUCAUCUCGAAUCGACUCUACUGGUAGUGUGCGGUGAUCACGGAAUGAACGACGCAGGAAACCAUGGCGCAUCUUCGCCUGGUGAGACGUCGCCUGCACUGCUAUUCCUGUCCCCCAAGCUCAAGGCGAUUGCGCGUGCGUAUGAGUCUCCGACGCUCCCCAGGGACGAGUUUAACUAUUACUCUGAAGUGGAACAGUCGGAUAUUGUCCCGACCGUUGCUGCCCUUCUAGGUUUUCCAGUCUCCAAGAAUAAUCUCGGCGCCUUCAUCCCCGAGUUUCUCCCAUUUUGGUCGAGCCCCAAAGACAAGAUCCAAAUUCUUGUCCGUAAUGCUCGUCAGAUUCUCAACAUUGUCACGGCCUCGUUCGGACCUGAGCUCUUUGACCUUAUUCCAUCAACUGACCCUUGCCAACUAAAGCGUACCGACAUCAGCGAGCUCGCCUGCGAGUGGCAAUUCAUUACGCAGCGGGCUCUUACUCUCGGUGCUGAAAACAAACUUGACCAAGAGUGGCUCGAUUCCACAUCUCAAUGGAUCCGCAAGGCUCAGAAUUUAAUGAGUAGCAUGGCCUCUAAUUACGACAUGCCACGCCUAUAUCUCGGACUAGCACUGGCUGUCAUGGCUGUCACCGCCGCGGCCUCUGCACCCUUUGUGCAGGGUAUCAACAGGCCCCAAACGACAUUUCCACUCGUGCUUAUCUCAUUACUGUAUGGUGCCAUGAUGUUUGCGAGUAGCUAUGUCGAGGAAGAGCAUCACUUUUGGUACUGGGCUGCUACCCUCUGGCUCGCGUUCCUCGGAGCCAAGGCCAUUAGACGCUCCGGCAAGUUUUCUUCAGGCAGCUGGUACGUCGUUGCUCUCCUUGCCGUCCGCGUCAUGAGAAGCUGGAAUCAGACCGGCCAGAAAUUUGCUGGCGAGCCGGACAUUGUCAAGCUCUUCGUCCACCAAUACCCUGCUGCUCUAUGGAUGGCCAUCAUCAGCAUGUACGCCAUUACUUGGUUCCAGAUGCUGCCCAGCCUCGAGAGCAUACCCUUCAUCGCCGCCACCUCUAUCACGUCGGUUCUCAUUUCCUCGGCGUUUACCUUUAAGCUGGCCUUUACAGCCGCCGAUGCGCCGGAGCUCGUCGUCGGUUUUGUUAAGACACUCAACGACAAGUUCGAGGGCCAGUCGCUGCUUUGGCGCGCUCGCGUCGUCUUCAUCGUUCUUGGCUUGCUUUCUACCUUUGCCAUUGUUCGAGGCGUGUCCGGCGGACGACACGCAAUAUCAGCCACACGUCUCUUGCACGAGCUUCUCACCAUUUUCGCAAUGACACAGUCCCGCGCUGCCAAUAUACCCCUAUUUCUCCUCGCACACAUAAUUUACUGCGCCAUCGACGCCAAACAGAUGACGCUUGCCGACAUCACCACGUCAUCUAUCCUUUUCCAGCACGCGAGCUUCUUCGCAGCUGGCGGCUCCAACGCCAUCUCCUCCGUCGACCUCUCGAGUGCCUAUAACGGCAUCGCCGGCUUUAACGUCGUCACUGUCGGUAUUCUGACCUUCGUCAGCAACUGGGCCGGCCCAUUGUACUGGACCUCAGCCACCACCGCUCUACUCCUUGACAAGUUCAGGGCAGGCGAGCGCGGUGUCUUUUGGCAGCAUACUGCGCUGCUUAGCAUCUUUGCCACGGCAUCUGUCGCGUUCGUCAUGGCGGCGUGCAUAGUUAUGCGUACUCACCUAUUUAUCUGGACUGUCUUUUCGCCCAAAUACUUGUACGCCAUGGCCUGGAAUAUUGCGCAGCACCUCCUGGUCAACAUUGGAUUGAGCGGGGCUCUUUUCUGGUUGGGCACUCGGUAG